GUAAGGGGUAAAACAAUCAAGAUAACCUAGCUUGACGCACUUGUAGACAAUGUCGAAAUGGAUUCCCAAAACAGUUCCGUUUUGAAUUUCGAAGAGAAUACUUGCAAAGAUGAAGGCGACUUAUCAAUUGGUCGUAAUCUCGGCUAUUAUUUUUGGCCAUCUGCAGUUCCAGCCUUUGAUAUUAGCCAGCUCUGUUUUUCGUCGCCCAAAUUCCGUAUCCUUCGCGCCCGCCCGCACCUAUGGCGGCGGAUUCAAUCACUCGGCGGUUAACUCUGGACAUAAGAACUACACCAGAGCUGUCCAAACUACCAAUUGGAAUGCGCCGGCGGUUCUUCAGGCACCCGGAUUUAUAUCUCCUCCUCAGAACCGUUCGUGGGCUCACACCAAUCAAGGUUCUCAUGGCGUUCCAGCACAAGGAGCAGGUCUUCCCAGUGGCUGGGUAGCCAGUAAUAAUCACCAACCAGGAGUACCAGGCUUUUUCCAACCAAACCAAACAUCCCAAGGUAGAAUCGGAACUCCAGCAUUUGUCGUUGGCAAAAAUAAUGGAACGUUUUAUCCAACAUAUAAUACAACAGUCCAUAACAAGACUAAUCCUUAUGGAAACCUUUCCAUUUGAGCGAUUAUGAAAUUUUCCCAAAAUCCAAUAAACCAAAUUAAAAUUUGCGUUCUUUUCAAAAAUCAA